AUGAAGGCUAUCCUCGCCCUCUCCGCCCUGGCCGCUGGCGCCGCCGCGACCCUCGACGCCGAUACCUAUGACAACUACCCUCCCCCCGUCUUCUCUCUCGGUCCCCCCUCCGUGACCUUCCGUCCCGGUAGCGGCGACAGCAGCUCCGACAACACCCUCAUCCUGCAUCCCCCUUUCCCGACGGGCACUCCGGUCCCAGAAGACCCCAAGCCCGACCUGCCCACCAAGACUACACUGAUUCCUCAUCCUCCUUACCCAACCAAGACGAAGACUAAGUCCAAAUGGACCACCUCUACCAUCUCAACCUCCACAACCACCGACGGAACGGUCAUCACUACGGUGAUCACAACCGUCUGCCCCAUUACGGAGACGGAAUCCGAAUCCGAGACGCCAACGCCGGCGGAACCGACCCCCUUACCGCCAGUAACUACCACAACAAAGUCCAAGCACUGGCCUCAUCCUCCCCCUCCUCCAGUCUCAACCUCUUCUGCUGAGGAGGAGACUCCUACCCCGACACCGACGGAUGUGCCGGUUGAGACGACGACGUUGGCUACCAAGACGACCAAGUCUGUUGGGACGGUGACUAAUGUUCCUGUGCUGCCGACGACCAGUAGUGUGGUUGACGUGCCUGUUACAGCGGGGGCAGGGACGGCGGUGAAUAAGGUGGGUUUAGUUGCCGCACUGGUAGGUGUUUUGGCGGCUGUUUUGCUUUGA